GAAGGAAACACUUUGAGUUAGUAGUUUUCACUGUUUGAUGGAAAUGUUGAUAAUCGUAUGUACCCCCUUUGCCGACAGAAGACAUGCGCGGCUGGUGUGUGUUCAAAUGUUUCUUUGAAUGAGGAUGAAAUAUACUUUUUUUAAACUGGAUUACAACUAAAGAACGCUGAUGGGUUGUUAUGAAACGAAUGCAUGAGGAAAGGAAAGAUAUCUUCAGUGGCAUUCGAAAAGUAGUUCUUACUAGUCCAGCAAGUAUUCGUAACAUUACAGUAGCUCAAACGAUGGAGAAAGAUAAACUUGAGAAAUCCAAUUAUGUACAACACUCUUUUGAUACAGGAUAUAGAGCAGUGGAUUUACUAAAGACUGCAAAUAAACCAAGAAACAUUGUGCCUGCUACUCAUGGAUCUUCUCAAGUUCAUGUAGUUCCACCACUAAUCACUAACUACAUAAAUAACUCUACUCAUAUUAUAAGUCCAACUCCAAUAAGCCAUAAUACUUUGGUGAAGGGAUCCAUAAAUCCAAGGCCUUCAUUUCAUGCACAUGUUCCUUUGGGUAUUGGAACAUCUGUAACUUCCCAAAGAGCAACUGGACCACAAAGAUUACCUUCAUUGAAGCCUACAAAAAACUCAACUCAAAUUCAACUUCCUAUUGGUAAUCAUGUUCCUGGACUACCAACUGUUUUAACUUCUGCAGUAGUUAGCAGAAUAGCUUCUCCAAAUAUAGCUACUCAUGGUCAAUCUAGUGAUCAGCGAAAUGAUGGAAGAGCUGCUUUAAUCUCUGAUCCCCAUAAUCAUGGACUUAGAGGAAACACACAAGCUUUAUCACAACAUUCUGCGACAAUACAAGUAAUUGCAUCUGGUACAGCGUCACUUCAUACACCACAAAUUCCAGCUUCUUUUUUGACUAAAGGUGUGAAUUUAGGUACCUCUUCAGGAAUGCUGAAAAUAAAUUCAACAAGUCAGUCUAACUCAAUUUCUUCGAAUGUUUCUGGUUCUGCUUUCAAGUUGGGAAUAGGUAAGACAUAUUCAGGUUCAUCAAGUAUUAUUAUUCCAGCUACAACAUCUCGUUCGGAUCACCUAGAUAUACGUCAAACUAUAGUUCCUUCACCUUAUACUCGCUUUCAAACAGCAUUGCAUCCAGCUACGACAAUUAUAGCAGCGAAUUCGGCUACAAGUAGUGAAUCAAGAUCACUUCAUCAAGUUGGUUAUCAUCAAAUAAAUACUGCAUAUGUUCUGCAUGAUAUGGGGAUUCAAAGCUUUUCACAUCAACUUGUACGUCCACCUUCCAGCUCUGUGCCAAUGUUCGCAAUUGAUAGGACUUUACCAACAAUUCCGCUUGUAACUAUGCCAGCAAAAGAUAAUUCUAUUGUAUCUUCUCAUGCUAAUGAACCUGUGCGUAGUGAGGGUCUGACAAUCCAUGGGAGUUUGAAUAUUCAUACUUUAUACCCCAGCAAUUUCCAGCCGAUUUUUACUACAACAUCAAUUUUAAAUACAAACGAAACAACAGUUCGACCAAGUAUUUUAAGAAAGCGUCCUGGAGAAAGCAGCGUGCUGUAUACAGCAGAUCGCAAUUCUAGUCCUGUAAAAAAAGAUCUAUUUCAAAGUUCAUUACCUCCUGCUAAAAUUAAAAGUCCACCUCUGCUAAUAAGUCAAGAUAAAUCAGCAACUAACAUAUCGACUAGUCAUUCAGUUGUUAAUAUAACUUCAGAAAUCAAAUCAACUUCUGUAACAUUAGGAAUUUUCACAACCACAACUACUGGCAUUAUCACUGCCAUAACUGGUACAGCUAGUUCUAAAUCACAGCUUUUAACAAAUUCUGUAAAUCACUUAAUUGAAGCUUCUCCAAAAAAAAAACCAAGAAAACAGCUAAUAAUCACUACAGAAGAUAAGUAUACACCUAAGCGUCUUAUUAACUCUAAUAUGACAGACGAUGAGGAAGAAUUUUUAAAAUCAAAUGAAACAAUGAAGGAUAUAAGUCCUCCAAAAGCCACUGUUGAAUCAGUGUAUCCUGUUAAUAACAUGAGCCAUAAGAACCUUUUUACACUUGCAAAUUCAUCUUCUACUGAAAAGAAAUUAAAAAGUGAUUUAGUUGAGACGAGUCAUUUUGAUAACCAUCGUCACGCAGUUAAUGGAAUUGUUUCAACUUUGCCUUCAACCAUAUCAAAUGAUCACCAUCACCCUAUAUAUCGUCACAAAACACUUAGUAUAAUCGGUGACUACAAAAUUAAUACAAAAGCUGCUUAUAAUCAUUUCUAUCGUGCUUCUGAUAUGAAAGUGAAAGAGGAAAAGCCUUCUCAAGAAAGACUGGUAACAAAAAGUGCAAUUGAAGCAGCCUCUGGUUGGAAGUUACACUAUUUAACUACACAGAUUGAUGACUUGAUCUCUAUUGAAGAUGAAAUCAGUGCUGAAUUCGCUUAUUGGAAAGAUAAAAUACGAACUCCCUGUAGUUCACCGACAAGUAUUCACUCAACAUCACUUUCGGGCGAAGAUGCUCAGCUUCGUCUUAUUCACGAACUUAUUCAAGGAAAUAUACAGCGGUGUAAAUGCAGCAUGGAGCAGUUAGUUGAAACGAAACAAAAUCUUUUCAAGGCACUCGUUCAUAAGAAUAAAGCAAUUGAUAUACUAAAUAAGUACAAGCCGAAAGCUCGGUUGAAGAAAAAAGCUUCUUAGCAACCUACCUACCAACUCUGUUGUAAAUAUUUUCAUAAACCAAUUCAUAGUAAACGGAUAUAUCCAA